AUGGGGGAAAGGCUAUUGAAAUGGAAUAAAAGAGUUUCCUACUAAGGAAAUUUGGUAAAUGGAAAAUAAGUUGGGAAAGGUUUUUAUAUUGAGAUUAUGGAGAUUAUAUUAAAGAGAUUAUGGGAUAAUUAAAGAAAAAGAAAUAGUUAAUUGAAUAUCAGGGAAAAUUAAUAUUAAGGAGUUUAAAUUUAAGGUAAGAAAGAGCCAAACGAAAUUGAUGGGAAUAUUUAAAUAAUUAAAGACAUGGAAAAGGGAUAAAGGAUGGUCAAAUUGAAAAUAAUGCAUGGAGAUUGGAUCCAGGAUAAGAGAACUAGAAAUGGUUAAAAAAAUACUCAUAGAUUUAUAGAUGAAUAUCACAAUAGUAUCAUUAAUUUAAAUCGGGUAAAUUGGUAAAUAUGA